AUGCACAGUCCAUCCCUGCUUCCACUCUUCCUCUGUGACGCCUGUCGUCGGACAACUGGGUUACUAUGCACAUCCUCCUAUAUCCCUUUGAAACAAAGCACGCAAUCAUCGCCUGAUAUCAACGGGCUUGUCUUAUCGAAUACGCUCGGCCUAUGGCUUCGAGCUGCUGGUUCUGUGGAACGUGUAGUGCACAUUUCUUCUCUAGCUCAAGGAAACUGGAGGGUACGAGCAAAAAUUCAUAGCAGCGAGAGGAAAUAUAGAAAACAGCGAAUCUCUGACGGAGUCCAUAACGCAUCUGUGUUUAGCCAGCGCGGUCGACAGAAACAGCUUUGGUCUGCUAGUGCUAGACGUAGCAGUUCUUUGGAGAGGAAUAGAACGCUACACAUGUUCUAUAGGAGCUACCCGCACUGUUUCCAGCAAUCGCUGCAAACCGGAUGUGACACCAUAUAUCAAACGAUGAUCCGCAGGAGUGCUCAAUCCCUACGUCCUCCUCAGCCAAAUCUUAGUGGCAAGUUGCGAGGGCAAAGGCGUCAAGUUUUUCAUAACCUCCCAGGAUCAACAACAUCCCACCUCGCCACGUCCUCUUGGUCUGACAUUUUUGGUUCCCGACCAUUCCUCUACCUCGCCCUCAACAGCAGCAGUAGCAACUACUCCCAAUGGCGUAAAGUGAUGGCUGUGCAACAACGGGACAAAAUGUCCUACCGCCCUUUGUGUUUGCAACUCCGGCUGGCGGGCAUCUGGCUUCCCGAUUCGCAGCUGGGCAUACAUUUCACGGCCAGCUAUCUUCAAAAGAUUGAACGGCUCGAACUUCUACGAUGA